AUGCCAAAGGAAAGAAGGGAUAGGUCAUUGUCACAUGAAAGUUGCAGAGCAUCACCUUACCCGAGCAGCUCUAGUCGUGUUGGAAGAUCUGCUCUUAAAGAGUUGGAGGAAAACGUUAAAGAAUGGGAAGAAGCUAGGUGUCCAGUGUGCAUGGAACACCCUCACAAUGCAGUUCUCCUCAUAUGUUCAUCCCAUGAGAAAGGAUGCCGCCCUUACAUGUGCAACACUAGCUAUCGCCACUCAAACUGUCUUGAUCAGUUCCGCAAGUCAUUUGCUGACACCACAUCAACCAUUUCUCAAGUUGAAAGUCAAAUUUCUAACACUGUCGAUAGUAUAAUUGAUGUGCCAGAAGACAGAAAUGAGGAGGGGACUGUCCAAAGUGGAAUUAAUGUGCCGGAAGACAUAAAUGAGGUGACUGUGCAAAGUAGAAUUGAUGUGCCGGAAGACAGAAGUGAGGGUUUGGUUACAGUGCAAGCCUUAUCCUGUGAGAAUGAGACAAAGUCAAAGUUAGUAUGCCCUCUAUGUAGAGGGCAAAUAAAAGAGUGGAAAGUAGUGGAGGCGGCUCGACAUUUUAUGAAUGAGAAAUCAAGGAGCUGUUCUUGUGAGACUUGCAACUUCAGUGGCACAUACCCUGAUCUUAGAAAGCAUGCAAGACUUGAACAUCCUCUUGAGCGCCCAUCAGCAGUAGACCCAGAGCGUCAGCGUAACUGGAGGAGGUUGGAGCGGCAGAGGGAUCUUGGCGACCUCCUUAGCACGCUUCAAACUUCAUUUGGGGUUGAUGAUCCCAUAGAUGAUGGUGGCCUGCUAGCUGUGUUUUUCCUCAUUCUUCAACCUGCUUCUGUGUCCAGGGGUACCACACUCCAGAUGCGAAUAAGGAGACCUGCCACACUUUGGGGGGAAAAUUAUGAUGGACAAUCUGGAUCUGAUGAUGCAAACGAAUCUUCGGAUGGAGGAUCUGAUAGUAGACCUCGUCGUGUCCGGAGACAACGGACGCCUCCGCCAUGA